AUGACACUGAAGGCAAAAAGAAUACCCAAGAGGUGGUCGAUGGAGGAAGACUACAUACUGCACGAGGAGACACAGAAACAAGAACUGGCUGGUGACACCAAGGACUGGCACCGAAUUGCUGCAAAGCUCCCUGGGCGAACCAACAAGGAUUGUCGCAAGCGCUGGGUUAAUAAAGUAUGUGGUAGCUUGAAAAAGGGGCCGUGGAACAAAUCCGAAGAUGAAUCCUUGCUGGACGCAGUUGACAGAUAUGGUCAGAGAUGGACCUUAGUUGCCAACGACGUUAGUUUUCGGAGUCCGGACCAGUGCGCUAAGCGCUGGCAGUCAAAACUGGACCCGAACCUUGAACACGGUGGGUGGACAACAGAAGAAGAUGAGCUACUCCUGAGUCUGGUGAGAGAAAACGGGCGGGAGUGGAAAAUGUUCCAAGAACAGAAUUUCUCUAGGAGAUCAACAAACGAAUUAAAGAAUAGAUACACUGGCUUAACCCGAAAAUCCAAAAACAUAUUCAAUCUGGGUGAAAGCGUGAGCUUAUCCCCAAGUUCGGGGUCUUUCAAUAUGGAUUAUUCCACAGACAUGGAGGACUAUGGAGUGACAGAGAGCAGCUUUGGGCUCCAUAGCCACAUAGGAAACGCGAAUGGAGUCUCCAUGAUUGAUCCACUAGUUCAGCAGGGACUGACGGUGGACUGGGUAAAUUCACUUGACAGCUCCUGUAUCUGGAGGGACCCGUUGAGCUAUAGCCACGACUCAAUUGUAGAGGAUAUUUUGCUUGAAGAAUUCUUUCUCCCAGGCGAUUGCACAAUCAGGAAAGAGGAAACAUAUAAGCCAUCAUUGAUAACACCCUUGAACACAACUCCAGCGACUUCAGGAUGUGAACAAGUACCAGGGCUGACAAGCCCGACUUCAUGGCCUGACCUCAGUUUCGAACAAGAAAUAGUCACCCCAGGGGCCAUAAGCGCUGAUCCGAGCUACACAAUCGAGCCGAAUACCCUUGGUGAUGACUUAUUAGCCUCGAUACAGACCGAGAGCUGCGAAAUGAGUUUCACUGACGAGGGAAAAGCAAGCGAUAACAUACUAGCCCCUAUCGAGACCAACGUGGGCAGAGUCACGCUCGUCAUCGAUGGAUGCAAUAGAGACACGUUAGACAGUUUAUUGAGCCUUACGAAAUCUUUGAAGGGGAAGACAAAGAUUGAGAUCAAUUGA